AUGAUGAGCGAUCCCGGUGUCAGUAUCACGGCAGUCUCCUGGUGUUUUGGUGGUGUCGCCGUGGUCGUUGUCAGUCUGCGGUUAUACACACGUGUGGCUCUGAGGCGUGCUGGGUGGGAUGACUUCUUUAUCGCUUUGUCACUGGCAAAUGCUCUGGUAUGCUCCUCAUUGGUCCAGGUCGCCAUUUCAUACGGAUUAGGACGCCAUUUGAGCGACAUUCCAGAUGGCAAUCGGCAAAUUCAGGCGAUCAAGUACACAGUCAUAGCACCCAACUUCUCUGUUGUCAGCACUACAACUGGUAAGAUGAGUGUGACCAUUUUCCUGCUCCGGCUUAUGGGACAAUCUGCAUCCGCAGCGCGCCGAUGGUUCUUAUAUAUCAUGAUGGCGGUGUCAGUAGCGUGGAAUGUGUUAGCUAUCGUGAUCAUCAUUGGAUUCUGCCGACCCCAAGAGCGUAUCUGGAAUCCGAAGGUGGAUGGCUCCUGCUUCAGCCUCAACUUUCAGUUGGUUGCCGGAACAUCCCAGGCAGCCUUCAAUGCAUUCAACGAUCUGGCCCUCGCCGUUUUCCCGGCUUAUAUCUUUUGGCACGUCCAGCUCGCAAUUAAGAUGAAGGUCGCGAUCAUCUCAGUCAUGGGAGCUGGUAUUUUUGCGGCGGCGGCAAUGCUGGUCAAAUGGGUUUUGCUCAAGAACCUACCUGCCCAUUCUGACAUUACCUGGUCGUGGGCCGACAUUACUAUGUGGUAUACGAUUGAGAUGUACGUUAUUAUCAUCUGCUCGUCAUUGCCUACCCUCCGACAGUCCUACGCAGCCGUACUGCAGCGCUCCCGCAAGAGUUCGGCGUACACGCACACAGAGUCGGCUCAUCGACAGAAGCCAAUCCCUCUUGUCCGUCUUGUUCCAGACGCUUCGUUGUUUGCCUCCCAUAUCGAGCCUGAAGUCAACCGACAUGAUAGUCGUCAUUCGAGUCAGGAGAAGAUUUUGGAGCACAUCGGAAUACAGAAGACGACGGAGAUCCAUGUGUUUCAGGAGCCUCGAAUGGGGGAUGAGGGAAACCCACAUUUCCCGCAACCAAAUCCCUUCCGGGGCUCUUGA